AUGAAAUCAAUUCUCGUCCUAAUUACCAGCUCACUAGUUGUGUUAUUACUCCUCGUGUCAGGUGCCAAAAUCUCUGCCCGUUUGACAACUUAUGAUGAUAAUUCAUUAAAGGGGGAACUUUCUUUCUCAUCUCUCAAUGAAAGCCAAGUGUCAGCUGUUCAAGAUAGUAUUUGUUGCUCAGUGACAGGUUCCACUAAUUAUGUUUAUUGCUUAUCUGGACAAACUUGUUGUAGAAAAUCUGGUUAUUCAACAUGUAUUGCUUCUAGUUAUGCAUGUUGUUCCUCUUCACAAACUUGUUCUUCCAAUGUUUGCGUUUCGAAUAGUUAUGGAGAUUAUGAUGCUUUAGGAUAUGGUUUAGGAUUUGGAAUUCCAGGUUUCAUAAUAUUUAUUGCAAUUAUCAUUAUUGUUAGUGCUGCUUCUAGAAAGAGAAGACUUAUGAUGAUGAGAAGAGCUCAAGAACAACAAGCAGCAGCUGCCGUUGGAGUAGCAACAAUGCCUUCUACUCUUGUCACUGCUCAACCAACAAUGCCACCUGUCAGUGGUGGUACUACAGUUGUUAUUCAAAAUCCUGGACCUGGUGUUUAUUAUCCACCUCAACAACAACCUUAUGGUCAACAAUAUCCACCACAACAACCAUAUGGUCAACCAAUGAUGACUCAACAACCUUAUCAACCACAAUACGGUCAACCAAUGAUGGCCAAUCAACCACCACCAACCUAUGUUACUCCACAACCUUCUUAUUAUACUCCUCCUACCAAUGGAAAUGGUCAACAAACUUAUGUAUAAAUUAAACAUUAAUCAGUC